AUGCUCAGCAAGUCGCAAGACGUCGCUGAGAUCAGCGAGAAGAAUCGCCCAUCCAACACGGAGGCGAUGACUGAGGAGCACCGCAAGAAUGUCUCCAACAACGGUUUGACCGGUGCUUCGGCCUUGACUGUCCGUCAAUCAAUCUGGCCCAUCACCUUGGUCACUAUCCUGUUCUUCCUCUGGGGUUUUGCUUACGGUCUUCUUGAUGUCUUGAACGCCAAGUUUCAGACUGCCCUCGACAUCACGGCCGCCAAGGCCGGAGGUCUUCAGGGUGCCUACUUUGGUGCCUACUUCAUUGGUCCUCUGACCUACUCCGGAUGGUUCGUGCGAAAGCUCGGUUACCGCUGGACCUUCAUUAUCGGCCUGUGCAUCUACGGUGUCGGCGCUCUGAUGUUCUGGCCCUCGGCCGUCUACCGCUCCUUUGGCGGCUUCUGCGGCUCCCUCUUCAUUGUCGGCUCGGGUCUGUCGACGCUCGAGACGAGCGCCAACCCCUUCAUUGCCACGUGCGGUCCGCCGAGACUCUCCGAGUUCCGUCUCGAACUCUCGCAGUCGUUCCAGGCCAUUGGCUCCGUCGUGGCCCCCUUGCUCGCCAGCCGCGUCUUCUUUGCCAACACCACCGAGGAUGACCUGUCCAAGGUGCAGUGGACCUACCUCGGCAUUGCCGCCUUUGUCUUCUUGCUCUCCAUUGUCUUCUUCUUCUCCAAGAUCCCCGAGGUCACCGACGCCGACAUGGAGCUGCAGGCCGAGCAGACCACUCACCUCACCGGUUACCAGGAGAAGUCCCUCAAGAAGCAGUACCGUCUCUUCUUUGGUGUCGCCGCCCAGUUCUGCUACGUCGGCGCCCAGGUCGGUGUUGCCGCCAACUUCAUCAGCUACGCCGCCGAGAGUGCCGGCAUCGACCACGCUGCCGCCUCGGACCGAUAUGCCAUUGCUCAGGCCCUGUUCGCCAUUGGCCGUUUCGCCGCCGCCGGUCUGAUGAUGUACUUCAAGCCCCGCAAGAUUCUCAUGGUCUUCAUGACCGGCAUCAUGAUCUUCAUUGCCCUGGCCAUGGGCAUCAAGGGCGAGGGAGGUGUCGCCAUGCUCAGUCUGGUCCUCUUCUUCGAGUCGUGCAUCUUCCCCACCAUCUUCACCCUGUCCAUCCGCGGUCUGGGUCGCCACACCAAGCGCGGCAGCUCCUGGAUCGUGGCCGCCGUGUCGGGCGGCGCCCUCUUCCCCUCGCUGACCGGCCUCCUCGCCGACCACAAGGGCUACCACAUCUCCAUGGCCGUCCCCCUGGUCGGCUUCUUUGUCGCCUUUGCCUACCCCGUCUUCCUCAACAUCAACCCCUGGAAGCGCGAGCUCGACGGUUUCCGCGAGACCCGCAUCGGUUACACCGACGAGCAUGGCACCAUUGGUGACCCGUCGCGCGACGACAGCUACGCUGGCAAGAACCAGACCGAGCACGUUGCCUAA